AGCACUCGAUAUCCAACUACUGAUCAACUGGUAUUCGCUUUUCUUGUAAACACGCAUGGCUUCCCUGGAAGACGCAGAAGAAGUGUUACGAUCAACAAAGUCAAAAUCUAAUUUUCAGCGCUUGACACGGCUUCUAAUGCGCGGUGGUGUAGUACUUUUAAGAGAGAUAUUCGACUCCAUUCACAAGCCUGCCAAUCUUCCCACAACGCUUAGUGACCCUUCAGUAGAAAGGAAGCUGAGAAAAGCAAGGCUUACCCGUCCCGACUGGAAUUGUUUGUACCCUUCCCCAGGGGUAUACGGCAAGUCGAGUGAUUUUGACAUCAGUUUAACCUUCAGAUUGUUAAGGAAAAUAUGCAAAUUAAAGCCUCCCACCACAGGAUGGGACAGCCUACCAAACGACUCAGACCACAGUCUUGAAGCAGACCUGGUACGAAUAAAAUAUUAUCGCAAUGAAGUUUAUGGUCACAGCAGAAAUUUGGAAAUAUCAGAUGAUCAGUUUCGUGACCUGUGGGGAAAAAUCAGUAAAGCGCUGUUGAGGAUUGCAGCAAAACUCAGCCUUGAAAAACAAAGCAGAUUGAAAGGUACCAUUGAGAAAUUCCUUCAUGAUCCCUUGACGCCAGAGGAAGAAAGAUACGCCGACGAACUAGAGCAGUGGUACGAACAAGACAUCGACAACAAAAAAGUGUUACAAGAACUUGUUCAGGAAUUCAGAGGAAUGAAAGAAGACUUUGAGGGUCAGCAAGUAGGUAAGUAUUACUGGUUGCUUGUGGUCAGUUAAGUUAACCCUUGCGUAAGAGAUUUAGGAAUUCCUAGGAAUUCUUACGAAUAUCCUAGGAAUUCCUUGCAAUGAAAGGUGUGAAUUGUCACGGUAAAUUCGGACUUGGAAUUCCUCAGAAUUCCUAGGAAUUCCCAAGUCUCUUAUGGAUCCACUUCUGAAUUACAAGAUAUUCCUUAAAAUUCCAAGUUCUUAGAAAACGGCACUUGGAAUUGCGAGGAAUUCUAAGAAAUUCCAAGCAAUUUAUACAGAAGUUGAUAAAACUAAAACAUUCUCAGAAUUUCCAACGAAUUUUUAAGAAUUACUAAGAAUUUUUGGGAAUUUGUUUGUUAUUAUCAUGCUGAUUGCUCAUGUAAUUGAAGUAAUAAAGAUUUUAUUUAAAUGAAUUGUCCUUAUAUCUAAGUGGAUUCCCUUGAUUACCUAUGCGGGAUUUCCUCGCGAAAGUGGAUUCCCUUCAUUACAUAUGCAGGUUUCUCUCGGGUUCCCUAGGCUUGCCCGUUAAGUAACUUGAGCCCGGUUUUCGGAUCGUCUAAUAUUAAAAGGAAAAUAGGAGCAAUCACCUAGCAACGCGAGAAACGGCUUUCUAUAUCUUAUUUAGCGCUCAAAAUCGGAUAUAUAAACAGAACACGUACACAAAGCAGAACUGAAAACUCUCUUUUUCAAUAAUGUCUGACUAUUACAGAACCGUUUCCUCCUAUCUAUCUCAAGGAAAUGAAAAACUAUUACAGUCUCAGCGUUUCACGCAACGUUAGUUAUAAUUAUGCGACUUCGCAAGCCCAAAGUUGAAUACAAAUUAGUUCGACAGGAAAAACCCCAAGGGAGCAUCUUGACGUAGUAGUAUAAACACAAUCAAUAACUUGAAACACGCGACUAUUAAAUGCUAGCAAUAAAAUCAGACAAGAGAUAUUGUUUUAAAAACUUUAUUUAAACAGUGAUAAACAGAGUCAAAUACACAGUGAUUUGUAAGGGAUGGAAAUUAAUUAAUCCUCAUCUUCGUUCUCCCCUUUAGAAGGGGAAGAGAAAUUGGUUUCAAACGUCUUCGCGUUUUUGUGUGUAACUGCUCCACAAUCGUGACACCGACUAAAGCCCUCUUUCAUAUAAAUUUCUCCCCUCGGGAAUCUAGUGAUCGCAUAUAGGACAAAUGUUGUAGUAAUCGUGCCAAAAGCAUUUAGGACAUUUCAUGAUCAAUGUCCAGUAACAUUAGAGUUCUCGUAUUGUUCACAGGGACUUUUUUAGUGAAAGGUGGUUGACGUUUCAGGGCUACUACUUUCUGUUUCCUGACUGUCGUUUUCAGUGUCGUUGUCGCUCUCUUGGGUGCCUUCACCUUUAGCGCCAUUCUCAGAAGCCACUUCCUUAUCCUCCUCCUGAUUUCAAUAUCCGAUGAAGUAUUCUCUUCAUUUUGAUGAGUACCCGUGACAGACUUGGCUUCGAAUGAUCAACUUGCCGUUGCGUUACCUCUUUUAUAGCAUUAGAAAUCCUAAUUUGAAACAACAGGGGCUAAUACAUCUUCAAUAAAACCACUAGCCUCUUGUACGAGGACGCGCUUCUUUGUUUUGUAAGGGACAUUUGGACUGGCCAGGUUAGGUAAAGCAUCCUUAUAUGGCAGCAAUAUCCGCUUAUUUUCUUCGGGGGUGGGAAUGUGUCUCAUGAGUAUAUUGUAUAAGACUUGGACUAGUGCAUGUAGUUGCUGUGGAGUAGCUGUCUUUAAAAGAAACUGGCGCUGAUAAGCAGGGUAAUCAGCUAACAGCUGAAGAAAACCGCGAUUGUUGUUUACUACUCGAGAUAUUGCUACAAAAUGAACUAAGGAUGGCAGUUGGCAGUCUUUCAUAGAAUCUCGUAGAGAAAAAAAAAUUAAACGAGUGGGCGAAGGAUAGAAAACAAUAGAAAUGUGGUGGUGGUGGCGGUGGUGGUGGGAAGACAAUAGAAAUGUGGUGGCGGUGGUGGUGGUGGAGGAAAAACAAUAGAAAUGUGGUGGUGGUGGUGGUGGUGGAAUGAAAACAAUAGAAAUGUGGUGGUGGUAAUGGUGGUGGUGGAGGAAAAACAAUAGAAAUGUGGUGGUGGUGGAAGGAAAACAAUAGAAAUGUGGUGGUGGUGGAGGAAAAACAAUAGAAAUGUGGUGGUGGUGGAGGAAAAACAAUAGAAAUGUGGUGGUGGUGGUGGAGGAAAAACAAUAGAAAUGUGGUGGUGGUGGAAGGAAAAUAAUAGAAAUGUGGUGGUGGUGGAGGGAGAACAAUAGAAAUGUGGUGGCGGUGGUGGUGGUGGAGAAAAAACAAUAGAAAUGUGGUGGUGGUGGAGGAAAAAAAAAGAAAUGUGGUGGUGGUAAUGGUGGUGGUGGAGGAAAAACAAUAGAAAUGUGGUGGUGGUGGAAGGAAAACAAUAGAAAUGUGGUGGUGGUGGAGGGAGAACAAUAGAAAUGUGGUGGCGGUGGUGGUGGUGGAGAAAAAACAAUAGAAAUGUGGUGGUGGGGGUGGAGGGAAAAUCAAAAGAAAUGUGAUGGUGGUGGUGGUGGUGGUGGUGGUGGAAAGAAAACAAUAGAAAUGUGGUGGUGGAGGAGGAAAACAAUAGAAUUUUAUUGCCUGAAAACCUAUAUCAAUGCGCAACAUUCUAACUUAUUCUCAGUCUACAUUCUGCUUUUGAGAAGUUGACAUGAGAGUUGGUUCUGUUCUGUCUGCGAAAAAUCUUUUAGUAGAAAAGAUAGUAGGCAAAGGCACGUGAUGUCUAAACAUGUCUAAGGCUGGUCUCACCCCAUUUCAAACAGUUCCAAUGUUUUCAAAGAAAUGUAAGCGGUUUCGCUUCGAGCAUCCUUUCAGCUCCAUGAUUGCUGGAAUGACUGGGUCCGGAAAAACGGCCUGGGUUCGAUCUCUAUUGCAACAAGCUUCAAGACAAUUUACCCUCCCCCGGAGAGGAUCGUUUGGUGUUAUUCACAGUGGCAGCCCGCGUAUACACAAAUGUUAGUCGCCAUGCCACCCACUGAUUGAUCUGAAAACGACUACCCAAGAUAAUUGUCGACUGCGAACAAAGGUCCUACCCAGUGAAGAAGGCUUUAACCAAGCAGGGUUUCAAGAAAAUACUCCCCAUGAGCUUCUAAAAUAUCUAAAGCAGCAAACUCUUUUGCCUGUUCCGCUUCCUCCACCUAUGCAAGAAAUACAGGGAAAUAUGGAUGACAUGCUUUCUCGAAUCGAUCUCCGGGACGAUGAAAAAGCUAAGCGAUACUUUCAGUUGCAAAACAGAUACCUAGCCUUUUAAAGAACAAUUAAAUACAAGAACACGACCGGAAGAAAUAAUCAACGCUGUUCCAGACUUAACAUCAAGGACACAAGAUUCUUCGACAGCAACGACAACAUUCUCAACUCCCCUCAACCCCUUCAACGUAACACCUGAAUUAACACAAGCGGCUAUUUCUAAAAAACCUAACAAUGAAAGCCUCACCCCACCACCACCUUUAAAUCCUGCCUUCCUGACCCCUCCUCCCAUAGUAGAAACCCCAUCACAACCCGAAGGCCCGAAGCUCAAAAGGCGUCGGAUUCAAUUUGUAACUUAUUUGGAUGAUCAUAAGGCUCAUGCCAAACAGCUGAGAAAACGUGGGCAUAAGAAAUGCAAACCUUACAAGUACUCCAUGGGCGAAGAAGAAGAAGAUUAAUUAAUUUCCAUCCCUUACAAAGUUGACUCUUUUUGUCAUUGUUGUUUUUUUUAUAAAGUUUUUAAAACGGUAUCUCUUGUCUGAUUUUAUUGCUAGCAUUUAAUAGUCGCGUGUUUCCAUCGAUCCUUGUUAAGUUAUUGAUUGUGUUUAUACUAAUACGUCAAGAUGUUCCCUUGGAGUUUUUCCUGUAGAACUUAUUUGUGUCCAACACUCGCAUAGGUUAACUGACUAACGGUGUGUGAAACGCUGAGACUGUAAUAGUUUCAUUUCCUGGAGAUAGAUAGGAGGAAACAGCUCUGUAUUAGUCAGACAAAAUUGAAAUAGAGAGUUUUCGGUUCUGCUUUGUGUAUGUGUUUUGUUUAUAUAUCCAAUUUUGAGCGCUAAAUAAGAUAUAUUUUCCUAUUUUCCUUUUAAUAGACGGUCCGAAAACCGGGCUCAAGUUACUUAACGGGCAAGCCUAGGGAACCCGAGGGAAACCUGCAUAUGUAAUGAGGGGAAUCCACUUUCGAGAAGGAAUCCUGCAUGAGUAAUCAAAGGAAUCCACUUUUUGCGAGGGAAUUCACCAACAGGGCUUGAUUCUAAUGAAACAUGACUACUACUUUCAAUGGAAAAUAGAAGAAAAAUAUACCCCCCUCGAAAAAAAACCGUCGUUGUUUGAUUCCCCGCCAACUUGUUGUAUUUACCCGUCAACUUGAAAUCUUAGUGACUACCCUGUACUUGUACAGUGACCAAGACAAAACAAUAAUAAAGGCCUAUGCUGUAUACUGAAAAUUCUACAAAGGUUUCAUUUUAAUUUCUUAAUCAGCCACAGUUGUGAUCAAUUUAUUUUGCAAAUGUCCCCAUGCAACCACUUUACAUACUUCUUUCCCCUCUUUUCUCUUCAGCUUUGUCACCUGCGAGAAUAAUUAUGAAAAAUACAAUAAAAACCCUGCCUGUAGUUAAAUGUUUUUUUUUCCUCCUCUUUUUGGAAACAUUUAACGUUAAGCGGAAUCUUUGUUUACAUUUUUUGGCUCAUUAAAACACGCUAAUAAUUAUCAUUCUCUGAUCAAGCUAUUAAAGUAAUGUCUCUGAUUAUUGAAAGAGCAUAGAAAUAGUUUUGGAGAUAUUCUCUUUCAACAUUUUGCAAAGAGUGACUACAGUGUAAUUGAAUGUUUUUACCAUCCAACAAAUUCAUAGGUUUUUAAGGCCCAAAUUUCCUUAGGUAUUGCUUGCAAACUGAGCUGUGAAUUGUACAAAUUUUAAACGUAAUUUGUAUAUUGAUACAGUGAUCACGCCUUCUAUCGGUUAACUUGGCAUCAGCAAAGAUUCGCCUUAGUAUACUCACAGGGCCAUGCUUAGGCAGAUUAGAAAGGUGACCCAUCCAUAUGGUCACUCUUGCCUUUGAUAUAAUAGCUUUUGCACAGAAAAUUUGCCCUGAGAACUCCAGAUUAUUAUUGUGACAGAUUUGGAAAUAUACAAUACCAUUAUGUCACACUGUAUAUAUUUUAUUGAUACUUUUUCGUAAAGCACAACCUUGUUGACACACACAUAGAACAAAGAUCCAUAUCAAUAAUUCCAUGAACUUUAAUAAGACUCAAUAUUAUUCUAGUGAAAUUACCUUUAUGACCUUUUGGUUUUGAAGGUCUUUGCUUCUUUUACUUUCUGGGAGGUUCUUCAUCUGUUAAAAAAAAUUGUUAAAUAUUGUGGUUGCAGUUGAUAAGGAAUUUGAAAAGGGCUCAAAUAAAAACAAAAAAACCCAGCCAUUUUACAUUAACAUCUACCAUUGCCACUGCAUUGAAGUCAACAAUUAUGCUCCACUAAAGGUCUUUGGCCUUAAGUCAUAUGUAGAUCCCUGGGUAACUUAGAGUUGAGAGCUUUAAAUUCUGUGAGGGCUUCUGCUUUUUUCUACAUCCUACAUCGUUGCACACUUAUGGCAUGAUGAUCAUUAUGACUUCUUUCUCAACAAUUUGCUACAAAGUUGUUUCCUUAUAUAUGGAUAUAUCAACUCUUAAUUUUUCACAGCCCACAAACUAUUUAAUCAAUAUCCUUCAGUAAAGACAGUCAUGGAUUCAAGUUUUUGACUUUAAGACUCUGAAGCUUGUGUUUAAAUAAGCUAUGUAAUAUGUACCUCCUUCCUUCAAAUUUCCAGGCUUAAGAAUUUCUUUUCGCUCGUCUGUACUAGGCUUUUUACCCAAUGAAAAAUAGUUGUACACUUUUCAAUAUUGUGCAAUCAACUGUUUGAGCAGCGAUUUUAAUAUCAAUUAUAAAGGGCCUAUAUCGUGGUGAGAGCCCUAUUUUUCUGAGUAAGUAUUCUCAGUCAUCUUUUGUCGUACUUGGAACUCUAAAAGAAAGAUAUCAAAUGAUUAUAAUCAAAGGGGAAACGAAGCAUGAUCAGUUUUUGGUCAUUUUUCAAUAAUACUCUUGAAAAAUUAGGCCUACACUUUUCAAGCCAAGAACAGUUGAGGUAUAGUGGUAGAGUACUUUUAAAUCAAACGGAACCAUUUUUUCAGUUUUUUUUUUAUUCCAAUGACAUGUUUUCCUACCAAUUGCAACCUACUAAAGUGAUCUUUUGAAUUCACUGAAGAAAAUCAAUGUUUCCUGGGAGGUCCAUUAGAGUGAUUGAUGGAAGAGAAAUUUAACGUGAAUGUUGCUUAAUUUUCAACUUGAGGUUAGAUGUUAUUGAAAAGCACAACAAUGUUAGCAAUGAAAUUGUUUGUAAACGACAAAAUGAAAGCUUUGUGACAAAAAUAAGUCUCCCUAGCAUUAUAAUAAUAUUUAAAGUUACAAAACACAAAAAGAUGUGUGUAAUGAUAAAUUUUGCUUUUUUAAAAAAACUUUUUCUAUCAAUUAUUAAUGUUUAAAAUUUGUGCUUUGAGUGGCUCACAGCUUUCUAGGAGCUGCUGAUUGCCUCGAGAAACUACUUUCUCAGAAUGUAUUGUUAGUUUUCUGUAACCUCAUUGGUCAACUUUGCCUAGGGAGCCCGAGUUACAGUAUUUGCACUGUGAUUUUCUGGCCAAUAUUAAGCUGAAUUAUAAAACGUUCCCUUAAUUAUUACCUUUCCUUGUAAUAGGAACUGUAAGGUACCACUCCAUUCUCUCAACAGAGAACUGUUUCUUGAAAUUUUGGACAUUAAGGGUCAGAAUUUGAUAAAGUUGGCCCCCCCGGUUUGUACCCGUUAUUCAAUUUCUAUCCAUGUUAUCAAAGGCAUGUACUGAUAGAGAAGGAGACUAUUUGAUUAAUAUUUAUUGUAAAGAAAAGAGAUUUUGAGUUUUCAUUGACCCUAAUAUGCUUUUCUGGAUUUAUCACAGUUCCGACGCCAUCCAAAAGUUACCUUUAUCAACAAAUGUUUUUUUGUUGGCUUUGUUUUGGACCUCUCCUGUCUUGUUUUCUUUUCCCUCGUCUUCAACUAAGGAUAAUACUGAAUUGAGUCAUAAACGACUGAUUCACAGUUAUUUUUUUCCAAAUUCAUUGGUUUGAAAUAAUGAGACAACUAAAUAUUCCUCAUUGUUGGCUCUUCUGAGAGCAAUAUCAUAGUCAUGGUGUGCCUAUUUAGCAACUAUGAUAUCACAAUCACUUUUAUCAUACUUGUAAUUUAUUAUGGCUUGUACCACAGAAGUCAAUGAAAGUGGAAAAUUCUUUCAGGCCACCUCAAAACUCAAGUUAUGGUAAGUUUUUAUUGAAGAAAAUGAUAUCGCCUUUCAGAAAGCUACAUUUUUUUCUCCAAGUUUCACUCACUCCAAAAUGUUUGCACAUGUGAGGCGACAGUUUGAAUGGUUUGUACACCAGGGUGAUCAACCAGUAAUGCAACAAAGGAGGGUGAUAAAAUAUUUAAGUUAAUACAUUUACAUACCCAGUAUGCCUGUGUUUUCAUAUGUAACUAAAAAAAUUCUUUAGUUUUCAGUACAGUAAUUAUUAUAAUAUAUACCUUGGCUUCUAUCAUUUGCCUCUCUUGCUUUCUGGGAAAACUUGUGUUUUCUUCUGGGUUUUGGUUUUGGUCUGUGCAAAUAAAGACAAAUGCUUCAUCAACCCUGUUGUACUCUCUCAAAAUAAUAAUUUAUAUUUCACUUUAAGAUAGGUUAUUUUCUAAAGCAAAGAAAUUUAAUUUUUAGUGAAACACAUGAAAAAAAUGAAGUACUAUUUGGUUUCUGAGGUGAGGCAGACAAUGAAUUACAUUAUAAUUUACCUUCAUCCUCUUGAGGUUCAGCUUCCUCGUCCUCCUCCUCCCCAUCAUCUGUGCCAUCUACGACGUUUUUGAAUUUGCUCAUGUUCUAGAUAAAUUUGAAACUUGCUCAUUUAAACUGAAGAGUGCACAACAUAAGAUGCAGCUACAACCCUGGUCAAAACGUCUUGGGACACUUAAGAAAAUGAGACGCGAAAACACACCUUGCUUAUUAAAAGUGUAUUUAACCUGUUAUAAAUGCUUGGAAAUGUUGUUGAAAGAGCCUGUUUCUGCUGUCCCCCCUUCCCCUCAGCAAUGUUGAUUGUGUUGAAAAAGAUUUGAGGCCAUCAUGUCAACACUGAACCGGGGGGGACGGGGGGAGAGAAAAUGCGUCAUUUUCACCAGCUGUUUGGUUAAUGUCCCAAGAGGUUUGGCCAGGGCUGUCUGAAAACCCCUUCUAUAGGAAAAAGUCUUUUAAACGUUAAGAGACGUAGAUAAAAGUUGUGGAUUCGUAAGUAUAGUAAGUUCAAAAAAAAAGUUGCCAGGUAUUACUAAGUAAUUUUUAUUUAUUUCGUGACCUGAGGCGCAAAGAAGAACAGUCUCGAAUGCUUAUCACGAAUCUGUGACGUACUCAUUUUCAUGCGUCGGGAGUUUCCUUACACGUCAAAACUGUACAAAAUUCGUAACUGGGAAUGCCUGCAUCUUAACCUUUUCUGUAUAAGAAGUCAUGUACUUUUAAACAGUCAUCAGAAGUUGCUUGGUAGCUUAAUUCGGGAUGUUUGCGACCAGAAAAUAACAAGUGUGCAAACAGCUUUAGCGUUGUUUUUGCGAAAGUACAGGAAGGCAUCGUACCGUGAAAUAGCAAGAGAGUGUGGGAUUUCCAAGUCUUCUGCUGCUAGGAUUUGCAGCGACAAUCCUCCGCCAAAUAAGGACGCAUCAAAGUCAAGUAACAAAGGCGGGAGACCACGGAAAGUAAGUCAACGUAGUGUGCGAAAACUUGUCCGCGCGAUAAAGGAGUUAAGGGCAAGAAACUGUAGAAACAUUACAGUUAAAAGCAUAGUGGAGCAAAUUGGGCUUAAUUUUGAAAUGGCAAGUAGGAGAACAUUUUCUCGUUAUUUAAAUGAAAGUGGUUACUCAUAUUUGCACGCGGGGAAAAAGGGCCUUCUUAGUGAAAACGACCGCAAGUUGCGUGUACGAUUCGCUCGCAAAAUGAAACGUGUAGCCGCGGAAAAUCCCCAGUUUUGGGCAAAUGAAGUGGCCUUUUACUUAGAUGCCGUGUCCUUUGUCCACAUAUACAAUCCGCAGAGCGGUGCAAAUGUAAAUAAAUCACGGAUAUGGCGACAGAAGGGAGAAGGCCUAAAGUUUACAACAAAAGGUUCCAAGGACCUGCCUGGCGGUAGACGUUUGCACGUGCUCGUAGCCAUUGCUUACGGAAAAGGGGUAAUACUAACAGUACCCUAUGUAAAAAUGCACGGAAGUUUCUUCGCUCAGUUUAUUAGGAGCCAUUUCAAUAUAGCGUUUGGUCGGGCAGGGCCGAAAAGAAACGCAAGACGACUCUUUGUCAUGGAUAACGACCCUAGCCAGACAAGCAAGCGUGCGAAGGAGGCCCUAGAGGAAAUUGAGGCGGAGUUACUUAAACCUCCUCCUCGCUGCGCAGAUAUCCAUUGCAUAGAAAAUUUAUUCAACCAAAUCAAAUGUCACUUGGAUGAAGAAGCUGUAACACAGAAUAUUACAAAGGAGUCAUUUGAACAGUUCACCGCACGGGUUUUGAGAGCCUUUGAUAAUUUUCCUAUCGAGGAUAUCGAUAAACUAAUUUUAAGUACGACUCGCAGAAUUGAAGCUGUACAGGCGUCCAAAGGUCACAAAACAAAAUAUUGACUGGAGUGCCUCGAUACAGCGGUCCACACUAUCUAUUACAUUUUCCGUGACUUAAGAAGUUUUUACUAAACGUCAAGGGCAACUUUGUUCCAUUUCAAGAAACUGUGAUGACUGUAAAAUUGCUCUGAAAGGUUAUUAUUUUAGGAAAGGGCAUUGCGUGACAGAUACGUUGAACAGUUCUCCCCUUAUUUCUCACUUGUCUACGAGGCCGUUUUGUUUGAAUUAUAAUUCACAGAGAGCUAUAUUUCUUGAAAAUAAACUCUUGUGUGGCUUGUCAAUGUCUUAAUUUUCUUUCCCCCUCGUUUCUUGUUAACAUAGGCAGUUUGUGGCGCUUUUUGAACAUUUCUCACUGAAACGACUAUAAAAGAUUAAUUAAAGGUUUUGUUUUUUUUUUAAUUUCAAGGUGAGAAAUGUCGAUUAUUUUCACAUAUCUGCAGGAAUGCGAGAACAAAUACCCGUUUUAUCACAAGGGCAUAACAGAGACUUUCUUAGCGCUAAAAUAGCGUUAACAAAUUGGCAUAAUACCUUCAAAAACCACUUUUCUCUAGUGAGAAAUGUUACUGAUCAUUACUGAGAAAUGUCUCAGUGUCUCUAUAGCAACGCAUCGUUGCGUGCGUUGUCCAGAAUAAACUUAGCAAAGCAGCGACCACAUGGAAUUAACUCCUGCUGUUCCUCGGGUGGUGUUUGGUUCCAAAAGUGGUAGAAUAUCCACCUCACAUUCAUCAUACGAGUGUUAGUGAUGUCAAUUGCUCCAGCUUUAAUUAAAACCACAGGAGCAUCAGAGGUGGAGAAAAAUGGGGUGUCUUUAUUUAGUUCCAAAUCUCGGCUACAUACGUUUUUCGGGGUCGGAAAGUGCACUGUGUCGCCUUCCAGAGCCUGUCGAAAGUCAGCCCAGGCAAUAAUUUUGGGAUGCCAGCGGAAGUCAUUGAGGAAAAUUACCUCUGCGUCCUCUGCUCCUAGCCAAGCAAAUGAACCAGUAGCGGGGGUACAAAAGGUCUUAUAAAUGACCUUCAACGGAGCUAAGAUAAACGAUUUGCGCAAUUUGUGUCGCCAUAAAUAAAGAUAUUUCUGUACUUUCCUCUUCCCUUACUCAAAGCCGUUGUUAGCGCCAGGAAUGUUUUCCGUUACCUUUAUAGUAUUUUUAUGUUCGCCGCGUUCUUAGUUAUUUUCGUGUUCGCGCCUUUAGUGCUGUUGUUUGGUUCAUUAGUUUUUCAUUGUCCGCGUAGCUUUGUCCUUCGUGUUAGGAUUUUUCUGCAUAUCGUAUAUUUAGCUUUUAUUGUAAUUUUUCGCCUCAGUUCUUCGUUUGGCUGCGCUUGGUCCGGUUUACAGUUUAAUGUUUGGGUUUUGCUCGUCCUAGUUUUUCGUCCUUAUCUCGCUAUCGUCUUGUAAGUAUCUCGUUUGUUUCAUUCGCAUUUCUAGAUUGCCUUAUUGCUUUCGUUCAGUUUGUAGGUUGUUUUAUCUUGACUUUGUAUUUGUUUCGUUAUUUUUCAGUACCGCUAUACUUCGUUAUACUUCACAUCGGUUCACUUGUUUCCCUUCACCAGUUGUAGAAGUUCUAGAAUAAAGUUUGUGUGUUAAAACCUAUAGCGCGUAAAGGCUGCGACUAUAUUCGUAAAGACGAGAGUUGUUGGACUUUGGACGAUGUCUCAUGUGGUUCAGGAAGCCAAUUUGUCGUGUUCCGCCGCGAAAAAUGGUCAAAGUGUUCGUCUUUCAAGUACCCGUUCGCGGAAGCCUAAUUCUUCACUGGAUCAAGAAGCAGUUAUAAUGGAAAGAAUCCGAGAACUUAGAAAAAGAAGAGGCGGAGUGCUCUCUGCCUUGAAGGCCAAGCGUAAAGAAAUUGACAGCUUAUUAACGGAUGAGAACAAUCUUGAAGCAGUCAAGGUGAAACUGACAGAGAUUACUUCCCUUUUUCAAAGAUUUACAGAUGCACACGAGGAGUAUAAUGCUGCCCUAAUCGAUGAGAGCCAAAGACAGGAAUCAGUAGUUUACUUCACUGACAUUGAGUCGAGUUUGAAUUUCUUCUGUCAAACGGUUAACGACUGGUUGCGUGUAACGGAGAUCCGGAUUCAAGACCUUAAUGUUACUCCCGAUGACAGUGUCUCACAGACAUCGUUCCUGUUAAGGAACAGGAAACGAUCCGGUUGUGGUUCGGCGUACAGCCGUUCUUCUCGAGCUAGUUCCAUUUCUGUUGCAAGGGCAAAAGAAGAUGCGAGAAUUGCAGAGCUUCAAGCCGAAGUGAACGCCCUAAAGCAGCGUCAGCUUAUUCACGAGACUGAACUACGGCUCAAAAAGGAAGAACUUGAUCUGCAGUUUAAAAAGGAUCAAUUAAAACUUGAAACGGAAUUUAAGAAAGCAGUGGCCAGGGAAAGCGCGUAUGCGAAAGCUGAUUCAGAAAGGAACACGCGUGUGGCGUCUUCCUCGCUCACCUCUCGCGCUCCUCGCGUGGAUCCGCGCGCGGCGGCCAUUUCUGAUGGUUUUUCUGGAGAUUUAAAGCAGGAAUCAUCUCCGGUCUUCCAUGGUGCCAAUUUCAGACCUAAAGAACACAAGACUAAACACAAGGUUCCAAGUCAGUCCAGUUCAGACUCUGAUGAGCAGUCUGGCGUCAGUGACCAAGCCUUUCACAUCCUCGAACAGCAGAAUCGUGUCAUGGAGGAGUUUGUGAAUCAGCAGCAGAAAAACACGCUACCCCGAAGACAGGUGCCUAUCUUUGACGGGAAUCCACUCAGCUACUGCACCUUUAUGCGUGCCUUUGAGACUGUAAUCGAGAGUAACGAGAGUGAUAGCGGUGGGAGACUGUACUAUCUUGAGCAGCAUACGAGUGGAAGAGCGCGGGAGAUCGUGCGGAGUUGUAUGUACCUAAACCCAGAAGAAGGCUACGCUAAGGCGAAGAAGCUGUUGGAGGCUAGAUUUGGCCAAAAGCACAAUAUCGCGAUGGCUUAUGUCGACCAGCUAACUAAUGGUCCCUACAUCAAAGCUGAGGACGCCGAGUCACUGGAGGGUUUCUCAAUUCUUCUGUCAAGUUGCACAAAUACACUGAAGGCUAUCGGAUACUUAAACAAGAUUGAAGGUUCGGACAACAUGGGAAAGAUUAUCGAGAGACUGCCACCUAAACUGCAGAGUAGCUGGCGGGACAAUGCCGAUCGUAUCCUCAAUGCGGACAAGAGAAAAGUUUGUAUCGAAGACAUUGCGUCAUUCGUUGAGGAGAAGUCACGUGCCCUAAGAAAUCCAAUCUUCGGAAAACUUCCCUUCUUGGCUAAGGAUAAGAGGAAGAGCCAGACGCGAGGGACGAAAUCAAAACCCGAGGGUUCUGGGCCUGGUCCUAGAGAGCUUAGUAACUUCUCCACUUCAUCUCACAAGAGUCCCAUGGAUCAAAACAAGUCUCUGGAGAAGAAGUCUGAAGAUCUCUCGAAAAGGAGUUGUUUGUUUUGUCGUCAGACUGUCCAACGUUUGCUAAAAUUCCCGUCCGUGAGCGUUACGACUUUGUGAUGAAGCAAAGACUCUGUUUCUCGUGUUUGAGAGGGGGUCAUCAAUCAAGGGGAUGCUACAAGAAGAAGCCGUGUUCACACUGUAACGGAAGACAUGCUUCGCCUAUGCACUCUGAUUCUUCAGAAGAUAAGCACGAGCAGCCGCCAUCUGAGAAUGCGAGUCAACAACCUGCUAGAGCCAGAGAGAACGAAGAUCAGAACAAAUCCCAUCAAGGUGUUAAUCAGAAGAGUUUAUUAAGUGACGAGUCAAGUGGCGUAGAGCGAGUCUGCAAUUUGACGACCACAGUGGGUCCUGCGACUGCUUUGCCAAUCGUGCCAGUUAAGGUCAGAGCACAAGGAAGUCCUUUUUGCAUCGAGACUUACGCCCUCCUGGAUACGGGUUCUAAUUCCACUUUCUGCUCUAACAUGCUUUUGGAUCGUCUUGGCGUUAAAGGCAAGCAUUUGAAGUUGAGGUUAACUACGAUGGGUACGGCAGAGGAGGUUGAUAGCGUCGUGGCUAGCGGUUUAGUGGUGUCGGACUUGGAUGAAAAUGUUGUUGUCCCAUUAAGAGAGGUUUAUUCCAGACCUACUAUGCCUGUGUCUAAGGAUGAAGUCCCCAAACAGGAAGAUGUAGAUAGAUGGCCACACCUUAGAGGCUUCGUCUACCUAACUGAGUUGAACUCUCAAGUUGAUCUAUUAAUUGGGUCAGAUGUCCCAGAAGCUUUACAACCGAAAGAAGAUAUUCCAGCUGUCGGAGGAGGCCCCUACGCUAGUAAGGUGGAGUUCGGUUGGGUAAUCAAUGGCCCAACAGGAAGAAAGCCAAGAUAUGUCCCUUCUGCUUGUUCCCUCACCAAGUCUAUUGACGUCCAUCCUAUGUGCGUGGCGUAUGCUGAAUUUACGGGUGCGAGUUUAAAUGACGGCCAAGGAAUGUCUUGUGAAGAUCUGAAGUUCAUGAACAUUGUGGAAGACUCUGUUAUGCAGUGUGAGGAUGGCCAUUACCAAGUUCAUUUGCCCUUUCGUAAUCCAAGUUUGACGUUGCCUGCUAAUAGAUGCCAAGCCGAGCGCAGAGCCCUCUCCCUGAGACGUAAAUUCCUUAAGGAUGCCAGAUUUCAGGAAGACUACGUUGCAUCUCUUGAAAGCGUAAUCCAAGAAGGUUUCGCUGAAAAGGUUCCCACUGAAGAUCUGUGUAGAGCUGACGGAAAGGUCUGGUAUAUUCCACACCAUGGUGUGUACCACAGCAAGAAAGCUGAGAAGAUAAGGGUCGUCUUUGAUUGUUCCGCUCAGUUCCAAGGGAUGUCUUUGAAUAGCGAAUUGUUGCAGGGUCCUGAUUUGACCAACAACCUGGUUGGAAUACUGCUUCGUUUCCGACAAGACCCAGUGGCUGUAAUGGGAGAUGUACAAUAUAUGUUUCACCAAGUGCGUGUUCCUGUGGAGGAUCGUGACUUUCUGCGGUUUCUCUGGUGGCCCAGUGGUAAUCCCGCUAAGGGUUUGGAAGAGUACCGAAUGACCGUGCAUCUUUUCGGUGCAGUUUCGUCGCCUAGUUGUGUUAAUUUUGCCAUGCGUCGAAAUGCUGAAGAUCACCAGCACGAGUUUUCGCCUGAAGUCGUUUCUACUGUUCUGAAGAAUUUCUAUGUCGACGACUGCUUGAAAUCUCUACCUUCCAGUCAUGAAGCAAUUAAGCACGUUUGUGAUCUGCGCAACUUAAUGAAUAAAGGAGGCUUUAACUUCACGAAAUGGGUCAGCAAUGAUCGCCUGGUGUGAGAGUCCAUACCUGUCGAAGAUAGAGCGAAAGGAACUAAAGAGCUUGACCUAACCUGUGAUGUGCUCCCAGUAGAGAGGGCCUUGGGUGUGUCAUCGUUCGUGGAGGCUGACCAGUUUGGCUUUAAGGUGUUCAUUAACGAUAGGCCGUGUACUAGGUGUGGCAUACUUUCAGCGGUCAGUUCGUUAUAUGAUCCCCUGGGUAUGUCAGCUCCUUUCAUUCUUCCUGCAAAGCUUCUCCUACAGGAUUUGUGCAGACGGGGUUUGGGGUGGGACGACGAGGUCCCAGAUCUUCACUUGACCCGCUGGCAAGCGUGGGUAGACGACCUACCGAAGAUUUCCCGAAUUGCCAUUGGAAGGUGCGUCAAACCUGUCAAGUCCUCCGAUAUCGCUUCAUGUAGAUCCAUCAUUUCUGCGACGCCUCUCAGGUGGCCUAUGGCGCCGUAUCAUAUCUUCGCUUAGUCGACAUGGAAGGUCGGAUAUUCUGUUCAUUCCUCAUUGGCAAGUCCCGCCUGGCUCCCUUGAAGGUAACUACCAUCCCCAGAUUGGAAUUGACGGCUGCUAGCGUAUCGGUCCAGCUGAACAAGAUUUUGACGAAGGAGUUGCAGAUACCCAUCGAUAAAGUGACCUUUUGGACAGAUAGCAUGACCGUCAUACGAUACAUCGCGAAUGAGUCGACGCGUUUCCAUACCUACGUUGCAAACCGCGUUGCCUUCAUCAGAGAGGAAUCCAGCCCGUCCCAAUGGAGAUACAUCGACAGCAAAUCCAAUCCCGCUGAUGAAGCCUCGCGGGGCGUUACGGCAGACGUGUUUGUUCGUAAUGGCCGUUGGUUAAAGGGGCCGGUCUUCCUUUAAACAACCGAGACUGAGUGGGCGGACCAUGUCCCAGAACGCGCAGAGCUGACCGAGAAUGAUCCGGAAAUCAAGAAAGAGCCAAAAUCAUUCGCUGUAUCCGUCAGCGAAGUUUACGCAAGCGUUGUUCGUAUCGUGAAACGUUUUAGCUCCUGGGUGAAUUUACUGAAAUUUAUUGCAGUGUGUGUUCGCUGCCAGAGAAGAUUUCGAUUAAGAAAGAGAGAGCCUAACCCGAAUUGUCACGGAAAUGUUGGUCCCCUCAGCCUGGAGCCUAUGUCUUGUCAAGACUUAGACUUUGUAGAAAGAGAACUAAUUAUGUUUGACCAGAGGAAUGCAUUUCCUGAGGAAAUUGAAACCAUCAAGAAAGGUGGCUGUGUAAAGAACUCAAGCUGCCUUGCAAAAUUAAGCCCAGUCCUAAUUGGUGGUGUACUUCGCGUUGGCGGACGACUUAGCAGAGCUCCUUUACCUGACGAAUCAAGGCAUCAGAUAAUUAUCUCCAAGGAUUCUCCACUUGGUGUACUGCUUAUCAGGUUCUUUCACGAGAAAAGUGGUCACUCUGGGAGAGAAUACGUGCUAGCCCUCUUGCGCGAGCGAUUUUGGUUGAUUCGAGCCAACACAACGGCAAGAAGUGUACUGUCGUCCUGUUUCCAGUGUAAACGUCGCCAUGGCCCCGCUGGAGAACAGAAAAUGGCCGACUUACCUCGUUCCAGGGUCACUCCAGAUCAACCCCCUUUUACAUGUGUUGGAAUUGAUUACUUUGGUCCUUUCCUUGUCCGCCAAAAGAGAAGCUUGGUAAAGAGAUAUGGAGCUAUUUUCACAUGUUCGGCUUUGAGAGCAGUCCAUCUGGAGAUUUCCCACACAUUGGACACGGAUUCCUUUAUCUUAGCUCUUAGAAGAUUUAUUGCCCGCAGAGGUCAGGUUAAAGAGAUUCGUUCAGACAAUGGUACGAAUUUCACGGGAGCUGAAAAGAAACUUCGCGUUAUGAUCUCAAGUUGGAAUCAGGCCAAGAUUCACGACACCCUUCUACAGAAAGGUAUCAAAUGGCUCUUCAAUCCUCCAGCGGCUUCCCACCACGGUGGAGUCUGGGAAAGACUUAUCAGAUCCACUCGCAAGAUUCUUGGAGCCUUGACCAAGGAGCAAGUCCUUGACGACGAGUGUCUUCAAACCUUAUUGUGUGAAGCUGAGAGUAGCAUUAAUGGAAGGCCGCUGACCAAGGUCUCCAACGAUCCUAACGAUUUGGAGCCUCUUACGCCGAAUCACCUCCUACUACUUCGCCAAAACGAAUCUCUACCACCAGGGCUGUUUGAAAAGAACGACACUUAUUCCAGGAGAAGAUGGCGUCAAGUGCAGCACUUGGCAAAUGUGUUCUGGGGUCGCUGGAAACGAGAAUAUCUUCCUUCGUUGCAGGAGCGCCAGAAAUGGUUUCGACUGAGAAGAAACUUCACUGUUGGAGACACGGUUAUCGUUGAUGAAUCGACGCCCAGGAAAGUGUGGCCGAUUGGUCGAAUCACAGAAGUGUUCCCAGAUAGAGAUGGUUUCGUGCGUCGCGUAAGAGUCAAAACCAAGACCUCUACUUUGGAGAGACCCAUUACGAAGUUAUGUUUGCUGGAAUCAAUUGAACAUCGAAAGUGUCUUGUUUUCCCGGAUUUGUUCAAGAGACUUUGCGUGACUUUCACUGAGGUUACGUGAUGUUCUAUCAAGUUUGAACAAUGAAGCCUGUUGAGGCACUUAUGCCUUCGUGACACUAUUUUUCGCGCAAGGAGUUUGGGGUUAAAGAAGAUUAUUGUUUUCGAUAGUUAAUCUUUUUGUGCUAGUUCCUGGCUCCUUUUUUCUAUAAUAUUAGGUAAAUACAAGCGAUUUGUAUUUAGGGGCCGGAAUGUUAGCGCCAGGAAUGUUUUCCGUUACCCUUUAUAGUAUUUUUAUGUUCGCCGCGUUCUUAGUUAUUUUCGUGUUCGCGCCUUUAGUGCUGUUGUUUGGUUCAUUAGUUUUUCAUUGUCCGCGUAGCUUUGUCCUUCGUGUUAGGAUUUUUCUGCAUAUCGUAUAUUUAGCUUUUAUUGUAAUUUUUCGCCUCAGUUCUUCGUUUGGCUGCGCUUGGUCCGGUUUACAGUUUAAUGUUUGGGUUUUGCUCGUCCUAGUUUUUCGUCCUUAUCUCGCUAUCGUCUUGUAAGUAUCUCGUUUGUUUCAUUCGCAUUUCUAGAUUGCCUUAUUGCUUUCGUUCAGUUUGUAGGUUGUUUUAUCUUGACUUUGUAUUUGUUUCAUUGUUAUUUUUCAGUACCGCUAUACUUCGUUAUACUUCACAUCGGUUCACUUGUUUCCCCUCACCAGUUGUAGAAGUUCUAGAAUAAAGUUUGUGUUAAAACCUAUAGCGCGUAAAGGCUGCGACUAUAGCCGUGUAAAUUGCGGUACAAAAAUUAUUGUGCCUUUUCAAUAAUUGCUGAGCUGCUUCUAACCACCUCCCCCCACAACCAUGGACACAUUUGCCUGUAGUUUGUUCUUGUAAUAACUCGAUCCUGGUCUUCUUAGCCCGGAGACACUUUGCCUCUGCUUCGGCAAAUUCUUUCGCUAACUCGAUAGCUUCCUCUACUGCUUUAUUUCCCCGGUUUGCGAUAAACUGUGCCAGAGAACUUUUACCCUCUCGAUUUUGUUCAACAGCCAAGCAAACGAGUUCCAGCCGUGACGUUAUACCCUUGUGUUGAACUAUCUGACAGACAUCGUAAACACUGAGACGCUCCGAUCUUUGACUUCCUUUUUUACCCUGGCCUUUGCCCUUGUCUUUUGCCUUUCUUUUCCGAGAAGUUAUUGCAGCUUCGGUCCGUGGAACCGCAUCAGUAAGGUCAGGAUGUCCAGAGGAGUGUAACGCUUCACGAUCUUCCUUGGUGACAUACCGGUAGGCUGUGUAGUACGAAUUAUGGUUGUCACUAAAAUUCACUUGAACUCCAAACUUCUCGUCCAAGUAGUUUCGUACUUGAAGCCAUCUCCCCCGCUUAGCUAAUUUUAAGGCCAUAUGGUAAUGAUAUAGAUUCAUCUCGUCUCCACUCGUACACUCAUUGUUGUUGGUAUGUGCCUCGAUGCAAGUAACCCACUGUAUUACUCUAAUGCCAAAAUGCUGCCAGGCUUCUACAAUAGCUGACGAGAAACUCUCUUUAUUUGGAAACUUGGAGGUAUCUGCACGACUAUACGUAAUUAGAUAUACUAUUCUUUGUCUUGAAUGAUCCAACGAUGCCAUAUUCAGUUGAUAAACAAGUCGUUACUGAACUGAACUCUCUAAGCUGUUGGGUUCCCGAAAAAAGAUCGUUUAAUUUGAAUUCAGAUUUUCGAAGACAUCGCUUGACCAUUCAGAACGUGCCGAUUGCUCAUGUGACUUUCCCUGCUUUUGAAUAUGGCCAUAACGAACAAACAACGUCUUGCCCUUUAUUGUACCACAUUGUUUCAAGUCAGAAAAUAAAACGAAAUCUGACUUUCCAGUUAUCUCCCUAUACUAAUAGAUCAGCAAACCAUUACACAUAUGUGCCUGUACUUCUUGUAGCGUACAUUUUUCUAAAGGACGCGGAAUUUUAGCGAUCCGCAGUGCAGACUUGGACUUGUAGGCAGAUAUAUGAAAAAAGGAACUGUAUGAAAACACGGAAAAUGAUAUAAUUCUGUUUUUUUAUAACAAACCCAUUUUCAGACAACACUGGUCAAAACGUCUUGGGACACUUAAGAAAAUGAGGCGCGAAAACACACCUUGCUUGUUAAAAGUGUAUUUAACCUGUUAUAAAUGCUUGGAAAUGUUGUUGAAAGAGCCUGUUUCUGCUGUCCCCCCUUCCCCUCAGCAAUGUUGAUUGUGUUGAAAAAGGUUUGAAGCCAUAAUGUCAACACUGAACCGGGGGGAGAGAAAAUGGGUCAUUUUCACCAGCUGUUGGGUUAAUGUCCCAAGAGUUUUGGCCAGGGUUGUAGCUAUCAUGGACAUCAUACACCAAGUAUUUCCUUUUGCUUAUCCUUCUUAAAGAAAGGAAAAUACUACGAAAACUCGAAAAACGAAACUCAGUGUACUUACCACAUACUUUUAACAAAACUGCAUCGUACUUCCUUUCGGUGUUUUGCCGAAUUCGACCUGAAUGGCCAUUCCCUCCUUAAGCUCUUGCUCACCUCGAAGGAUAACAAAUUAUCUGAUUUUCUCUAACAAUACUUGCAGAGUUCUCAUCUACCCACUGAACCACGAUAUGAACCAUUGCAACAACCGAUAUUUAGCGUAAUAAGCGUAAAAACAACGAAAAAAUGAACAUACAAGCGAUCAACCGUGUAACCGAAUUCAAAGAACGGCGCCAAAAGAGGACGAGAUAACGAGCCUUUGAGCCUUUUUAUUUUGUUUCGAGUCAAGUCACGUGGAUUUUUUAAACAAUGUGAUUGGUCAUGAGUGUAACCACUUGCUUUGCGCAGGCUAAAGGGCGGGUAAUGACAGCUGCGCGUCCAGGUGCAGUGAGUGUAGUAUGUGGAUUUUUUAGCAAAGGAAGUCCAGUCUAGUCCCUAGGCGUUCUCAGCUCGGUCAAUGCUAGACUCUACUGUGAACUGUGACGUCACUGAGAGAUACGCGCCGAGAAAUGUAUGCGAAAUAUGCCUCUCUGGACAAAAAUGAGAAACAUUGUGUUCAUGGGUCUGUGUGUUUGUAUUUUAUUUGAAUUUGCUGCAUCAGUUAGUAAUGCUAGCACCGAAACUGCCAUAUCAUAAAAAGCUAGUAGGCACCAGUCGGCAAAGGAUCAUGGGGCAAACUAUUGAGGAGCUCAGCACAAGUCAGUUACAGCAGGACCGAAUGAAUUUUGAAAUAUGAAUUAUGUAUGUAUAAUGAAAUUUGCCUACAUCACCGGUUUUAUCACUUUCGAAGUUCCAGCUAUUGAGGCGGGAAACUGCUCGUUCCUGCAGUUCUGCUAUGCUUUUGGCCUUAACAUCGCCCUUUUCCUUCUUCUUAGACAUUUUUGAACCUUAAAAGUUUCGAGUUUCAAACAGCGAAAGGGAAAUAAUUAACAUUUAUAAGUUAAAGCGAACUUGCAAUAGCGACUCGUAGUUCGUACAAGUACAGUAUGUGGCAGAAAACGGAUGUCCUAACUUUCUUUAAUUGACCACCAAAACUAAUUCAAUCAUUGUUAGUUUGUUUGGAUAUCAUUGUUCAGUAUCAUAUCAGAAUGGCCUCUCCAUCGAGGCAAUGCUGUUUCAGUAUUUGUUUCUGUAUCGUGGAUUUUAUAAAAUUUGCGACUCGCUCGACGGGCGAAGAUAAGCCCCGGGGCUUAUAUUUUUCAAAGGCCCGUUUUGAGGGAUUUACUUUUGGAGGGGCUUAUAUUCGGAGGGGCGUAUGUACGGAGGGAAAUUUGCGUUUCAAUGCAAAAUUGAUUAGGCUAGCCUUAUUCUUGGAAGGAAAUGCACCGUUUUCUUUGUUUUACUUUGUAUUUGAGGGCAAUUUCCAAGUACAAACCCCCAGGGGGGCUAAUAUUUGGAGGGGCGAUUUAACGGAGGGAUGUUUGCGUUACGAGUUAGGGGGCUUAUAUUUGGAGGGGCUUAUACAUGGAGGCGGUAUAUUCAUUCACAUUUUCUUGGCCGUUUAUUGGAUAACUCUUUUAUAAUUACUUCUCCUGGCUGCCAACUUUUACUGUGACUAAAAUCUUACUAGCCGAAUAGUCUGUGGCGACUCGGCGAAUAGCCAAACUGCGGACAUGCUGGGGAUGGCUGAACGUGAGCCACUAUAUUAAACUAUUAAACUAUUCGAUUUUCAAACCGCGAAAGGGAAGGAAAAUAUAUAAGUUAACGCGAACUUGAAAUAGCAACUCGUACUUCGUACAAGUACAGUAUGUGGCAGAGAACUGAUGUCCGAACUUUCAGUGUUUACAAGAAAGGUCAUCAAAAGUCACUUGAAACUACACGCGAAAUCUGACGCUCAGAUGGUGAAUUCAGACUAGUUUAGAAUAAAAAAAAUUUAUCCUAUCCAAAUUGUUAAUUUUUCACUAGGGAGUGGUUGCAUUGCGUUUCAAACUCCGCCAGUUUGCGUCGAAAGUUGGCCAGGUCAUGGCCUUCAUGAGGGCUUGAAGUCAUUGAUCAUGCUCAACUGAUUCCAUACCCCGGAGAUAGAUGUGUGUAGCUGUAAAUUUUUGGUAAUUUCCCAGGUGCUAGUGCAAGAAAUUAAUGUAAAAUCAACGUAUUUGCCUAACUAUUGCUCCGUAAAAUCCCCACUAUCCGCGGGGCAUUGGGGGUCGGGGAUGCAAGUGACUAGUACAUAAAUAAGCACGAAAAGUAGGUGCUGUGGGUUUUGAUUCACUCCGUAAUGUGCAUUUUUUUUUAAUUUAGGUGACAGUUUCCAGCAGAAAAAUGGCACAUCUUUCUUACAUCCCUCACGAAAUACAGAUAUUGAGGGCCCAGAUGGGUGUCUCGAUACCGCACUUAAAUUUUUGACAGCUAAUUUUGUAUAUAGUAAAUUAAGCUUAAGUUUAAAUUAGAAAAAAAAAUUGAUUUUCGUUGCUUUAGAAUUGAACCCUGGAAGAUGUAAGUGACACUGUUAACUGGUAUGGUUAUUGACCUGUUGUGUGCCUAUAGAACUAUUGUUGGCAAACAAACCCCAUUUUAGGAGAAACAGAUGUGACAAUGUAGAGCACUUAUUUGAAUUGAAAGAAUCAUGAACUUGGGCAGCAGUUCUUCUUUUCUUCCCUUCUCUCCCUCCCUGCAGGCUUCUGUUCUUGUGCCAUGCCACCAGAGUUUGGUUCCUUUAUUCUUUUUUCCGCACUAAGAUUCUCAUUAAAAUACGUGAAAAUCAAUAAAUUAGAAACAAAAAUCAUUUAAACAAGGAAGAAAAUUAACCGUGUUAAAACGGCAGGUACAAAUGUGGCUCUUCAUUAAAAGAUUGAAACCAUUUGUAUGUAAGACCAUAUUAAGAAAAUAUUAUUAUUUUGCAGAUCUAUAAAUGCUAUCUUAUUGUAAUCGUACUUUGUGCCUGCAAUAACUUAAAUAAUAUGCACCACACCCCCACUAAGCCCACUCCUCCACUCUUUUUCUGCCUGUCCCAAUAUAAAACCCACUGGGAUCAAAAAAUGAGAUAUUGGCAGAUUUAUGAAUGAGGCUAUAAUAUGCUGUUAAGGCUGCCUAGUUUAAAAUUGCUGUGUAACAAUAAUGAAAUAAUUGGAAUUUUUCAAAUAAGAAAAUAUAGCUAUUCAAUUUAAUUAAAGCAAGAAUUACAUUCCCAGGUAUACAAUAAUCAACAGAAAGAUUGGAAUUUACCUCAAUGUAAAAACAGUUAUAUAAAUUAAAUGAAUGGCAGUGCAGAGCUGUACUUAUUUUUCCAGCCUCUUCUGUUGACUGGUCUUUACUGAUGGACUGUUUGGCAAUGUCCUUGUGUCCUUUUUUACAGAACAUAUAAAAGAAGGAUGAGGAUAAUACCCUGCAAAUCAUUAAAUGCGUUGUGAACAAAACUCUUAGAAUACACUUUUAACACGGAAAUAUAUAUUAUCUUAAAAUAACACAUUAGACGAAUUUAUAGCUUCAGGUUUGCUCUAAAGGUCAUUUUAUUUCCAGUGGCUACAACUCACUUCUCCAGAUAUUCGAAAAUACAAAGUCAUAAUUAAUCGUAAGCUAUAGUUAAGAUAAGGAGGAUGGGCACGAGGUGAACUUUCGAAAAUAAAUAAUGUCACUCACACGCUAGUUCAAACGAUCAUCAUGGCGCGUACGAAAUAUACUUUUCAGGUCGAUACACUUAAGAUGCGUGGAAAGCAUCUCCAUUGUCGAGUCGACAAAAAAUAACAAUCUUUUCAUGAAAAUCUGUAUUGCUUCUUAAGGUCGAAGAGAAAUUGUUUGGUUUUAAUAUGCACAUGCUGAUGUAUUUUUGCUGAACAAGAGAAGAGGAUUUACGGUAAAUGAGAAAUUUCUGAAAUUUGAUUGGCUUAGAGCAGUGGUAUUUCAGCUUAAUUUGAAAAAAUUACCAUCCUUAUUCGGGUAGUAGUAUAAACAAAUAAUAGCGUGUUUUGUAAAAGAUAUUUGGCACUCGUGAUAUUUCAAAAUUGUCUCAAAUUCCACUCGCCUUACGGCUCGUGAAAUUACAUAUAACAAUUUCGAAAUAUCACUCGUGGUAUUUAUGCCAAAUAUCACUACAAAUCAUGCUAUUACCUAUACAUAUACGCAUCUUAAAGUUUGAACUUGACCUUUUGCUUAUAAUUAAGCUUAAUCUUUAAAAGGAGCGUGAUAUUAUUCGCGAGUUGCGUGGUUUAUGAAUCGCCGGUGAGGAUCUUUUUAUAAUUCUCUCUAACAGAGUGCCGCUUAAGAAAGUAUAAGAAAUAUGACGAUGAUUGAAGUGUGCCGGUGCCAAAAUCAACUAAGUAUGACCGCGUGAAACGUGCAAAAUUGUCGACCUCACUUUUACCGCCCCUUUGUAUUCCGCACAUCAGUUGCAGUAGCGGAUCCAGGGGAGGGACCCUGCCCCUCCCCCCCACCCCCCGCUUAUUUUUGUACCAAAGUAAGGCCCGAAACAAUUUGGUGCCUCUUCAAGAAGUGCAGUCUUCUGGAGAGUCGUUCGAAGCAAUUUUAGUAGUCCCAGUGAAAUCGUUAGAUGAGAGUGCCGAUUCCACUACAGAAAAGUUAGAGUUAAGCAACGAAAUGGAAGCUGUAGUCAGUUUUCUGACGACGAUCACGAUCAGGAUUCCGUAAUAUCCUCGGACUCCGAAGUUUCCGUGCACAAUGAUUCCUCUAUGGAUGGAGAUUCAAGUGACAGUGCACAGCGCUGAGUCUGUUGACGACACCGAAAACGCCAAUUCACCAGAGUACACUUUCAGCCCAACAAACGGCAUGUAUGGCUAUUCUUGCCUUGAUUUCUAGACAUUGCUUAACGAUCGAGGCUGCCAAAGAUAUCAUCGAUCUACUGAAAGUUAUGAUACUUUGCAGCUCUUACCUAUGCAAACGUGCGAAUGUCAGACAAUUCGCCCCCGAGAAUUACCCCUCAGAAUACAGUAUCACCUGAGUUAAAUAUCUUUGAAUCACUCGUUUAUUAAAUGAACUGUCUUCAAUCCUUUUCUAAAUGUCUAGUUGUGUGAGUGACUCCCACCCCCUGAAAUUCUUAUUUUAACUAAAUUUAAAUUGCCCAUUUCAAAGUUGCGUUGGGAACUGGGGCGAGUUUCGGAUUCAAACUAAUCGAUAAACUGACACCACCAUAUAAAAGGUCCUGUUAAGGUUGGUUUUUGGAACAAGUUUGGUGCUCUAAGGUUGAACAGGGAUCAGGUUAUAACUCUUGAAACAUGGUUAAAGACCAAUACAACCCUCUGUAAUUUUGUGACAGCGUCCCCCCAAAACCAUACUGAACCAUUUCUGUGAUAUUCCUAAAAACGGAUAAACACAGUGAUUUUAGAAUUAGUUCCUCCCAAGUAGUAGAUGCAUGACAAAUUUUACAGUUUAAAAGGAAAACUGAUAAAUUCAGCAUUUCAAAACUUUAGCCAGUUGAUGUUCACCUCUGAAAAUGAAGAUGAAAAUAAGACUAGAUUAGGGGCCUUGAAGAUCUACAUUGUACACCAUACAUGACAGGACUACAGAUUUAAUCAAGAUGUAACUGGUCAACAUUCAUUCCUUCAUUUUGCGUUGUUUUGACCAUCAAUAUAGGACCCUGAAGUAGAAUUUUCCUUAAUCCUGAGAAUGUGCAGCUGUACAGGGGACAGAGUGGAACAUUGCACGCAAAAAUGUACGAGUGCAUGUGGUUUACACAGCAAUUGACAAGAUUAAAUUAGGGUCUGACGUUCGGAAAGUUAUAGUUAAAAAGGUUACUAUAAAAAUAAUUAAAAACAGAAGAAUUAAUAUGAAUAAACUUGGGUGGGUAGAGCAGAUAUCUGUUGUAAGACAAACGAUUUUUCACUUAAGUGAGAACAUCCAAGAAAUUUCUCAUGUCCUUAUCCUCUCUCAGACUGUUUUUAUUUCUGGGUUAUCGAUAGAUAAUAAUUAUUUAGCAAGUUUAUUGCUUGAAAUAAUAAUAACAUAUGAUUAAAUUCCAUAAAUACGUUUGGGGUUUCAUUUGCAGCACAUGACAUCCAGCAUUCUCAUAAACUGGUUUCUCUGGAUCAGGUUCUAAUCCUUUAAAAUCAAAGAAAACGUCUCCUGAUUCCUUGUCCCAUGCAAAAUAAUUUAUUUCUCCAACUAUAACUUUCUGAGCGUCAAGACCCCAUUUUAAUCUUGUCAGUUGCUGUUUGAACUACAUUCACCGUAUAUUUUAGCGUGGAAAUUUUCCACUCUGUCCUCUGUACAGCUGUACAUUCUUAGGAUUAAUCAAAAUUCUACCUGCUGGUCCUUGCAUAUAUGGUCAAAGCAACAAAAAAGGAAGGAAUGGAAGUUGACUUGUUACAUCCUGAUUAAAUCUGUUGUCCUGUCAUGUAUGGCCUGGUAUGCAAUGUACAUCGUUAAGGCCCCUAAUCUAAUCUUAUUUUCUGUAGCUACAGCAAUGAGCCGCACGUUUAAUUAACUUAUUUUUUAUCCGAAAUCUUUGUUUUCUGCACGCGCACGCUAACGCAAUUUGUAGAUUUAACUAGAAAGUUCUUUCUAACGCAAGCUAGGACGCACGCGAAAGCGCCACGCAAUUUUGUUGUUAAAAGGUUAAGUUUCUUGUUGUUGCGGUUGGUUGACGCAAGUUCUUUGUCAAUCCAUUUCAAGAAGCCAAGAAGUUUUCCUUGUUCUAGUGAUUUUAAGGACAUCACCAAGUUCUCACGGUGUUAAUGGAAGUAAGGUUAAGAAAAGAAAUAAACAUCAGUACGUGAACGAGUGUCAUCUCAUAUCUCAUCACUGGAGCAAUAUUUUCAUCUUCAUUUUCAGAGGUGAACAUCAACUGGCUAAACUUGAGGAAAUCAGUGAAAGAGUCUUCUAUCUUGAGGGAAAUGCAUGCAUUGUACGCUUGCCAAAUUUUAAUGGAGUUUGUGGAGGAAGCCUCACUAAAGUCAGAGACACUGUGUUUUCAAAAAAUCGCCUGUGUUCUGAAGCCGUGUUAUUUAAUUUAACCUGACUAAUUAUAUUCGUCUAUUACGAUAGAAUUUUUUUGGUCGUGUCCGUGACUGGAUAUGAAAACCAAAGGGCCUGUUUACAUGGGUGGGGGACCUCGGUCUAGUGGGGUUGGUUUCUUUUGUUUUCACGCUCUGGGGGACACAAAACAAAAGAAUCCUACCCCACUAAACCGGGGUCCCCCACUCCAUGUAAACAGGGUCUUAGGCCCUGUUUACAUGGAGGUGGGGGACCUCAGGUAGGUGAGGUAACCCGCUGAGGUGGGGUAACCCGCCUGUCCAUAUAAACUCUCAUUUUAAUUGGAUCACGUUUACAUGAUAGGUGGGGUGACCUGCCAAGGCGGGUAGCCCGGUCUGCCAGACCGGGUAACCCUCUCAGCCGGGGUCAAAUUUUGCCAUGUAAACGUUUCAAGGUGGGGUAACCCGCCUAGCCGGGGUCGGAUUCGUGAUACUGAAUUCCCGCAAAAUUCACUAUGGCGGUAGCUUUGCAUCAUUAUUAAAGGUAACAAUAGAAAGCCACAGCACUGGAGGUUGCAGCAAGAGCAGCAAGCGAGUGUAGAAGAGCAUCAAUCACCAAAAAACGUGGUUUGCCAGCAUUUUUCUUGUUUACGUGCUUAGUGACCAUUCAGUAAUCUUGAGAAAGUGCACCCCGGGAUGGCGGGGUUGUAAGAUUGCAUGUAAAGGAGGGUUAUUCUUUCACCCCACCUAAGGGGGUUACCUCACCUAUCUGGGGUCCCCCACCUUCAUGUAAACAGGCCCUUAAAUUUGCAGAUAGUUGCGUUCCUAAAAAUUCCUGUAAAUUCUUUAUUAAAUACUUUGUUCUCGUAUAUUUCACAGAAUUCCCAUUCAUUAACACACCAGAUAACAAUUCUCAAACAUUCUCAUAAUUUCCCAUAGACAACGCUUGUCAGUUUAGGCAUUGUUAGGAAUUCCAGAUUAAUCCUAGUAAUGUGUUUCGAGAUUCCCAAAUGUUCCCAGAAAUUCACAGCUGUUAGAUUUAUACUGAUUUGCAUGUCUGGAAAUUAUUGAGAAUUAGUAGAAAUUCUUAGGAAAUCCUAGGAAUUCUAAGUUUUUUGAGAAUUCAUUUCCAUGAUUAAAGGGAUUUUUUUGCGCAGCUGAAAGAGCUCAGUUACAUACAAACAAUUUUGUCAGAGGACUACUAUGAUAUAUCGACAGGACGGGUUACGGUGAAGCGUUUAUUUGUCCCUUUCUUGGUGAUUGCUGACACAAAAUCAAAAUGCCUGAUUGAUCUACAGCUGAAAAUGAAAUUGUAUCAAUUCCGCGGUACAGUUUUUCCUGAAUGUUGUGCAAGUAUCGAAUUGCCCUAGUUAUGAACUGCUGUAUCUUUUUUCCGACAGCAAUACUACGCCUUGUGAACACCUUCGAAAGGAUCGCCCAGUUUGGAUUAGUGGCAGCCCCUUAUGAAAUGCAAGACAAUCAGCAGGAAAUUCCAGCAGAGGUAGACAUGUGGAACGUUAUCAUGUCUUUCGACGACUCUUUCAGAGUACUUUUUAGAUAUGUAAGAAACAAGCUGAAUGCCAUUGUUGAACACGUUGAACUAGGAAGUUUAUCAAUAACUGUUAGAUGUAGUUCGCUGCAGAUCCUUGAGGGAUUGUGGGAAGAUUAUAUCAGUGGUCACCUUAAUCAAGUGGUUCAAGAAACGCUGGUAACGCAUGAGGUCUUAGAAAUCCUUGACCUCGAUGACUUGAAGCUGAAAGUGUUUAUUUCUGAGGACGAAUAUGAGAAAGGAAAAAGGUCUUUGCGGAUAAUUCAGGUGAGCGUGGUGAUUUUCUGUGGUUUUUUUUUAACUACUCGCUUGAGUAGGGGAUUGCAAAUCACGGGCACCCAACAACGGUUUCCUCCUAAAUACACGGAGAUCACUUUUGAGGCUAUCUAUAGUACUUUUAGAUCUCUAGAAAUGCAUUCUAAGCGGCGCCGGCCUCAAGUAAUAGAAACUUCCAGGCAAUAUUUGCUUCUCCGAACAGGUAUUUUAAAGAAAUCAGUUGUUCGGUGCCCCUGGCAAAUCGAACCCGCAGCCGAGCAAAUUCCCGCUGUUUUUCGCGGAUAUUUUUUGUGUUUUCUAAGUACAUUUCAAAAACCAGGCCACUUCCCUUUGUGACAAUCUGUAAGGUGUUCUUGCAAUAUAAUCUUAUCAUUUACUUUUUUUCCAGUCUGCACUAUAUGUUUUAUUGAAAUUUUUCACGAUAAGUGUAGCCUGCGUAGCAUGGCGGUUUUGUCGGAAGCCCUACUGUGCGGCGAAGCAAGAAAAACGCGCGCAAAGCGCGCUCGAACCAACGGCGCAGAAAAAUAAAAACCAAUACAAUUGAAAAUUUCACAGCAAAAAGUGCGUAAAAUCACUCUUCUCGAAGUACAAUAAAUUUUAAGAGAAGCUACAAAGGCAAAUGCAUUCCAGUUCAGCAGAAAGACUUCAAAUGCGGCUAAUUUGUAAUUGAGUUCUUUUAUUGAACCGAAAUCUUGUUGACGUAGAUGAAUCCAUUUGAUAUGAGAAUUUGCCAACUCCAGGCAAAUGAGCCAUAAAAAGUUGAUUACUUCUACAGAGCUCCCCUGCUGAUGCUCGACUAUUGAAUAGGCGAACAUCAGAAGGGGUCUGCGAUUUCAGAUCUCUAUGAAUCUCCUCAUGGAAGAGUGACCGGAAUGACGUGACAAAUUGUAGAUAUGUAAACUUUCAGCACAAUAGAGGGAUCGUUCAUUUUUUAUCAGGUGGGGGGUGAUGAGAAAAAUAUGGCUUUAAAGGAGGGGUAAGGAGAAAAAUAUUGGGUAUAAAGGUUGGGGGGGGGGUCACCAAAUAAAAUACUUCAAGUUUUGCAGUGACGGCAUCUGUAAUAAUGCAAACAGCCUACUUUAUUAUUUAUGAAACUAAAAGGCAAUUCUACCCUACCAAAAUGCAGAAAAACGUACCAAAUUGAACGUUUCAUUGGGAAAAUUUUUUUUUCACAUGACGUCACUAAAAUUCAAACUAAAAACCUAUCGAUCCUACCGAGAUUUUACUUUCACGGUGCAUUAGAGCAGCUGAAAACUGAUUUUCCUACAAAUGUUCGCUUCAAAAGGGUUCUUGGUUUUGUGAUAGAGUACGCUUGAAUUUCUAAGUUUUUGCGUGACGAGGCAUUUACAUGACGGCCAAGAGAGCUGUCAUGUGGGUUAAAAAAUGACUUAUUUCAGGACAUUUUGCUAUCUAAACAGUUCAAGUGUUAGAAAAAGUAUUACUUUAAUGUUUAUGAGUUUCUCGACGAAUAAAUUCACUCUUUUAGAGCAAAACUCGGUAACAGAUGUUUCUGUUGGUUUCCGUGCGCCAUGUUGGAGCUCAUCUAGGUGAGCACCAGCAUGGCGUCUCCCGUACAAAUCUCUAUAAGUUUGGGUAAAACAUUUCUUCGAAUACCUCGUAUACGAAAUAGUCCUCUGACCUGAAUGUUGGCGAGGGUCUUUGUAUAUGUACCUCCUUUUAUGUCCCAGAUUCUGGACUUUAUCUAAUAGCAAUCUCCAUUUCUACGAUAAAAAUAGAAAGUCUCUGCCAUUGCCGUUGAUGGAACUUUAAGCUACCAUCACAACUACUUCAACUACUGUCAGUAGCAGUUUUAUUUGGUUACUUCACGUUGCGUUCGCUUAGUGUUUAUUGUUACCUAUCGUAUAUAUAGCAAAGCAAUGAUGUUUGAGUAGUGUAGUGAGUCAAUUCCAGUUAAAAUGUUAUAACCUAGUUUGAUGCUCAAUUUUAUUUUUCUCCUAGCCCUAAUUAUUCAUGAUUUAGGGCUAUGAAAAAAUUUUUUUUUGAGGAUCAACCUAGGUUAAAUUUUUUUUCACCUGAAUUUAAUUUUGACCUGAAACAUAAAAGUGUUGUUGACUUCAGUUAGCAUUUGCCUAGUGCUGUGUAUUUUUUUUUAGCAAGAAAUGAUGUUUUGAGCGGUGUAAAUAACUGUCGUAGUAUUAAUGAGUCAGUUUGUAAUUACGUUAAUUAGUGCAGUUUAAGCUUAUUUUCUUUAGUUUUCCUGUAGACUACCAUCUCCCGCAAGCGACCACUGUUGUCUAGUACCAAGGGUGCUCGCUUGCGAAAGAGUUGACUGUAUUUUAAAAUAGAGCUAAAAUAAUCUUGUAGUAUGGGUAACACUGUUUCGCCACUUGUCAUACAUUUUAAUAACUAAGUUUGACAUUUUUUGAAGCUUCCAAGUCUUUCUCGCAGUUCUCGUUUUUGAAAACAAACUCCUUUGCAACGUCAGCUUAUAUAGACAAUGUAUGUUUUUAUUUAUUUAUUUAUUUUUUUGCUUAUGGCCAUUCAAAACGUCUUUUUGAUGAACGUUCAGUUAUUCAUUUUCCAUGGUUCUUGUCUUUUGUUUUGGCGGGGGGGGGUCAUCUCAAUUAGUAGUGGUGUCUGAGCAGAAUUAGCGGAAUUUUUGGGCAUCAAAAUUUAAUUAAUGCGUCAUGAAUAAAAUGCGCGGGAAACUUGUUUAAGUUCAGGCAAGUACAAGUAGUGACGUCACAACACCAUAAGAUCCGUUUGACAGUUUAGCAAGCCCAUUAGAAAAGGCUAAUGUCUUCUAUUUAGCGCUAAAAAUCGGAUAUAUAUAAACAAAACACACACAAAGUGAAGCUGAAAACUCUUCAUCUCAAUUUUGUCUGACUAUUACAAAACCGUUCUCUCCUUUCUAUCUCAAGGAAACGGCUAACUAUUGAAGUCUCAGCGUUUCACGCGCCGUUAGUCAGUUAACUAUGGGAAUUAACAAGCCCACAUUUGCAUACAAAUUAGUUCAGCUCAGUAAUAACCGCAUAAAAACACACACACAAAAAGAAAACAAUUAAUAACUUAACAAGGAUCAAUUGAAACACGUAACUAAUCAAUCAACACUCCGAAUAAAACCAGACACGUUUUAUGAGACACAAGAAAUCAACUUUAUGACCCUUUACUAAAAUAAUUGAAAAAAAAAUUAGAUUAAAUAUUCUAUUAAAAUAGUCAAAGAAGGCAAGCUAUCUUUUUUUACAAUGCGCACAAUGUUUUACUUACCCCUUUCCCUUUCAUUUUUAUUUUCCUACUCCUCCACAAUUUUAGUAUGCUCUCUCCUCCUCCACCACCUCAUUUAUUCUAUAUAUUUUUCCAUCCACCAAAAAAUCGACCUCAUAUAGACCAUACAUCGACCCUAGACUCAACUUUUUUUUCAACCCGGCUUCGUGAAUAAUGAAACUAUAUACAACCACCACCACAUUUCUAUCGUUUUUCCACCGCCACCACCAACAGAUCAUUUCAUGAAGAUCAAUUUCCAUGUUGUAGUAAAUGCGGGACAAGGCGCGAGUUCUGUCAAUCUCGUCUGUGGCAAGUCUUAAACUUGGAACGUUUUUCUUAUUAUUAUUAAAAAUACAUUUGUUAUGAAAAAUAUAAAUUUCUGUAAACUGCAGAAACCGGUAGCAGCUACCAAAGAAAAUGACGUCACAUCAGCUGCUGAGGAAACACUUCAGUUUGAUGAUAGCGGGUUAAGAGGUGAGAAUUUAAAGUACAGGGUGUCCCAAAAGUUCGUUCCUCUACUUUAUAAGACUGUAAUGUAGUCCGAUUGGACUUGGUAAGCAAAUCGCUAAAACAAAAGUUGUGUUUCAUUAUAUAAUUUAAUAUUUUAUACUUGGUGUGCCAUCUUGUGACUCUAAUAUUCGAUUUAUGUACUUCGCGCCAAAGGUGCGCGUGCGCGAGUACAUUUUCCCGCCACAUAUUUUUCGUAUUCUGUAGCCCAAUUUGCUCAAACUCCUCAAACUCCUUCUUCAAGUUGUGUUUUGUGAGUAUCAUGAAAGAAAAAACCCUCUAAACGCAAAAACGUUCUGCUACAUGAGAGCAUAAGCAUGUUUACUUCGAUUUACCGGCUUAUCAGUAGAAAUAACUGCUGAAAAACUGGAAAAAUCCGAAUGUUGGGUUGGUGAAAUGGUCAUCUAGAAAUGAAGGUUUUGAAGACAAAAAAGGAAGGGGAAGACUGAUAGUCCUGAAUAAAACGGCUCUAUCCCACUCCAUGCCGCAACGACUACAGAAUGUGAUAAAAAAAAAAAAGACGGAAUGCUGGUUACUGAAAUUCUGAAUACAUGUACUCGUUAAAGCAAUAAACAUCUUUGAGAAAUUUCAUGCCAGAACAAAGUUUGAUCAAAAGUUAUAGCGCAUGAAAUUAGAGGAACGAACUUUUGGGACACCCUGUACUAUUUUCUUUCUGUCAUAAAAUAUCAAUGACGAAGGAAUUGUUCUCGGUUUUAUAGAUACCAAUGUAUGAACCUUUAUCUCCUUGUCAGGUGUGGGGCUUUAAUAUUAUUAUCAGUCAAAACCUUGAUUAAUUAUGUGAAGUUGUAUCAGAUUCGUAAACGUAAAUUGCAAUGUUCUAAUUUGGUUUCUGGUGGCAGUAAUUUAUAAUGAAAUCAAGGUAAAUUUCAGGGGAAGUAGAACUAAACUCUGACUGAAAACCUAAAAUUAUAAUAAUUAAAAUUUGCUCCUUUGUAGCUAUUGCUGAGGUUUACAAAAAUGAGGGUAACGAUGAAUACAACAAGAAGAAUUUCAACAACGCCAUUCACUUCUACGCUGAAGGAAUUAAAGUGAACUGCAAGGAUGAAGAUCUUAACGCCAAACUGUACAGCAAUAGGGCGGCAGCACAUUUUAAUUUGGGUAAGAAGCUGAUUUAUAUUAGCUAUUAUUUUUUUACGCUGUUUUCGAUUGGUCAAUUUGCGGUCAAUAACUUACUGUACGGACCACAGUUUCAAAAGCAAAUGCUCAUUUGCAGCUAUAGAUAUUUUUAUCUCUAACAAAAUAGUGACUUAAAGAAAGUUAUCAUGUCUGUAAACGCUGAGGACUUGGAUGUUGACUUCGUCCUUCAGUUUGUUUCAGUUGAGAACGAAGCUGAUGAAGAAAGUGGAUCGUAAUCUCACUGAAGAAGAGGAUUCUAUUCGGUGAUCGAAAAUUUAUCGCAGGUUACAGUUUAGAAAACAAGAAUGGACUGGCAGAGAUUCAAGACGUUUUGCAAAAGAAAAACGAGAAACUCUUUCGACAAUGAAAGUAAAAAACGUUCCUGCACCUGAUCUAAUUCACAAGCUUCUUUGCCAUUUGCAGUGUUUUUCAAAGACGAACGAAACAAGAGCCAGACACAGUGUCCAGUUUUCAAAAGACGCUAGCGGUUACAUUUUCAAGCUAAAACUUACAGUGCUCUUAGUUUUGACUGCCGAAUAACCUUUUUCAACAUGCUGCAUUUUGAUUGCACUUUCAAUGGAAAGCAUUUGGACUGUGCUGUUAUUUUCUUAAACCACACAAAAGCUUGUCAAAUGACUGUCAAAUCACUUGCCCUCUACUUGUUUCCGGUUGCCCUAAACAGGAAACCAUAUGUGACCCUCCACAAGAUUUUAAUGCUAAAGGUGAAAGCACGCGCACGACACGCUUUCACUUUAAAACAAAAGAAUUUAUUUUAACACGCCUUAGCACGCUUGCAAUCUUGCCUCAUUAGCAAUUUCUUUUGUUUCAGAGGACACGCUUGAGACAAUUAAGCGCGAGCAAGUCGAAC